CUCGGUACCAACCCCCAGCGCCCAGUGCCGGCCCCCAGCCCCGGUGUCCCCCCGUGUCCCUCCCAGGCCCGCUCCCGCCCCCCCGGUGCCGCCCGUUCGGGCGGGGCGGAGCGGAGCCGCUGGUCGGCACCGGCAGUCGGGCUGGGCGCCAUGUGGCUGUAUGAGCUGCUAUUCCUCCUCCUCCUUCUCCUCCUCGUCCUCCUUCUCCUCCUCCUCCUCCUCCUGCUCCGGCUGCUGCGGGUCGCGGGGGGCGGCCCCAGCCCCUUCGCCGCCGACGCCCGUCGCCCCCCGGCCCCGCUGGUCACCGACAAGGCUGCCCGCAGGACGGUCGUCAAGACAGUUUUCUCAGCAGACAAAGUCCCCGCGGGGCUGGACGCCAUCGUGGUGGGCAGCGGCAUUGGGGGCCUGGCGGCCGCAGCGCUGCUGGCCAAGGCGGGCAAGCGGGUGCUGGUGCUGGAGCAGCAUGGCAAGCUGGGGGGCUGCUGCCACACCUUCACCGAGAAGGGCUUUGAGUUCGACACCGGUAUUCACUAUGUGGGGCAGAUGCAGGAGGGCUCCGUCAUGCGUUUCGUGGUGGAUCAGCUGACGGAAGGGCAGCUGCAGUGGGCUCGGCUGCCGGCCGCCUACGACACCGUGGUUUUGGGGGAGCCCGGCCGCGGCAGGACCUACCGCAUCUAUGGCGGGGAGAAGGAAUAUUUCCGAGCCUUGAAGGAGCAGUUUCCCGGCGAGGAGGCCGCGAUUGAUGAGUUCGAGCGGCUGGUGAAGAGCGUGGGCCGAGGGAUGCUGCUGGUGGGGAUCCUGAAGAUGCUGCCGCGGGCGCUGGUCGCCGCGCUGUGCCGCUCGGGGCUCCUGCCCCGGCUCAGCGCCUUCUGCCGGUUGGCUUCCCGCAGCCUGAAGGAGGUGGUGGAAGGUCUCACCGCCGACCCCGAGCUCCGCGCCGUCUUCAGCUACAUCUUCCCCACCUACGGUGUGGUCCCCUCCAAAGCCAGCUUCACCAUGCACAGCAUCCUGGUGAACCACUUCCUCCACGGCGCGUGGUACCCCAAAGGGGGAGCCGGGGAAAUCGCCUUCCACACCAUCCCCGUAAUCCGGAAAACCGGAGGCAACGUGCUGGGAAAGGCACCGGUGCAGAGGAUCCUGCUGGACUCGCAGGGCAAAGCCUGCGGCGUGAGCGUCAAGAAAGGCCAAGAUGUGGUGAACAUCUUCGCUCCCGUCAUCAUUUCGGACGCCGGGAUCUUCAACACAUACGAACGGCUCCUGCCGGCGGAGGCGCAGGCACUGCCUGAGAUCCAGUCUCAGCUUCGCAUAGCGGCACACGGCGAAGGGAGUUUCACCGUCUUCGUGGGUCUUAACGGCUCAAGGGAAGAGCUGGGGCUGGAGGCCACCAACUACUUCAUGUACCCAGGAAAUGACCUGGAUGAAAUAGCGAAUCGCUACCUGACCUCUUCCAGGGAAGAAGCCGCCAAGAACAUCCCUCUCCUGUUUGUCACCUGCCCGUCGGCCAAGGACCCCACCUGGGAAAUGAGGCAUCCAGGUAAAUCCACAAUGGCCAUCGUGACCUUUGCCAAAUACGAGUGGUUUGAGGAGUGGAAGGACAAGCAGGUCAAUAAGCGGGGAGACGAUUACGAGGAGUUGAAGAAGACCUUUGUAGACGCCAUCAUGCAGGCUGUCUUCAAGCUCUACCCUCGCAUCGAGGACAGGAUCGAGUACAUCUCCGGGGGAACGCCUCUCACCAACCAGCACUACAUCGCCAGCCACAAGGGGGAGAUCUAUGGCAUGGACCACAGCAUCGCCCGCAUGCAAGCCGAAGCCAUCGCCACCAUGAGGGCGCAGACGGCCAUCCCCAACCUCUACCUGACAGGGCAGGAUGUGUGUGUAGGGGGCUUCAUGGGAGCCCUGCAAGGAGCCCUCAUCUGCACCAGCACUGUCCUCAAGCGCAAUCUCUACGUUGACGUGGCGCAGCUGAAAAGGCGCACGGAGGCCACCAACUCUAAGAAGAGGGAGUAACGCUUGCCAUCCCGCGGGCCAGGACCUCCCUUUCCCCCCAGCCCACCAGAUCACCCCCGGUGCCCUCUUUUCAGCUGUCAAUCGCCCAUAGCGCAUCCUCUCUAAUGCAAAACCAAAGGAUUACAUCCCAGGAAGAUGCCGUUCCUAAUUUCCAGCCAGCUUGCCUUAGACAUUACCCACUGAGAGCUCACCUGCUUCCACCGCAACGCCUGAGUAAAAGCCAGCGCUGAUCCCUGACCGCCCUUUGGAGGCCAAACCCCUUCUCCCGGUGCCAGGAAGAGGGGCUCCAAGAGCUGCCACGUGCACAGUGGCCACGAGAGAAGUCAAGGCAACCCAAAAAAACCCAGGUCACACCAGAAGGCAAGACCCAACGUAUUCUACCAGCGACACCCAAGGGUCACGAUCCCCACCGGUGUCUGAGACCCGUGUGGGCCAUCAGAAGAGCUUCAACCUUCCCCUGCAGCCCCCAGACCCGCUGGGUCAAGGGAGCAAGCCCCCCAGGGAUGAUUUUCCCCGUUGAGGUGGCAGCUUUGGUGCCCAGUUGGGCUCCUGAAGCUCCACGUGGGACUCGGCAGCCCCAGGGGCUACAGAGGUGGCACCUCCCUGAGAUGAGACCACGCACGGGCUUGGCCAGGCAGCGUCGGGCAGGUUUGGCAAACCCCUGCCAGCCGCCGGACGGGCAUCAGCUGCGUUUAAGCAAGGGGGAGUCAUGCCAGCCCGAGCCCCAUCGCCGCGUUUUAACGAAGGCGCCCGGGAGAGGCUCACGCGCACGGUCCUUUGGGAAGGAGCUGCUCCCGGUCACCGGGGUGGUGGGAUAAGCAGGUGCUUCUGGCACGUCACAGCCAGGUGCGAAGGGUGGAUUACCUUAAGCCAGGCUAUUUAAGAGCAGGUGGAUUCAUUUAAGCAAAGCUACUUAAAAACAACGGUGCUUUGCCAGCUGUGGCAAAGUGCUUCUGAAGUCCUGCCUUGUAGUGGCCAGGCUGGUGUGCUCUGCCGCCGGUAUUUCGGUGCUGCUCUACCCCUCUGCAUCGCCCGGAGACAUGCAACGGUGCAAACCCCGCUCCUUUGAGCAACAAAACAAGUCUAGCCUUUCUGUCUGCCGGGAAAAGCUCGGGAACCUGAUCAAAGCCCCUCUCUGAAUGGGAAGGGAAGCGCGUGAGACCAGGAAUAAAUGAAAUA